AUGGGCCCCGUCAGUCGCGCCAACCUUGCCUUCUGGCUGCUCUGGCUCGCCGCACUGUUCUGGUGCGGCCGCAACUCGUUCGACGACCCGUCCUCCAUAUUCUACGACCAGGCCGCGGCCUACACGCAACGCUACUCGGCGCUGCGCGGCCUCGAGAUCGACGCCUUCCUCGCCAACGACACGCGCGUCGCGGCCGCGCGCCCGCCCGACCACCACGACGAGAUCCUGUGCGUCGGCGUGCCCAGCAUCAACCGCACCUCCGAGGGCUUCCUGGCCCGCACGGUCGGCGGGCUCGUCGACGGGCUUACGCCCGCGGAGCGCGCCUCGCUGCACGUCGUCGUGCUGCUCGCCGACAAGACGCCGGCCGCGCACUUUGCCUACGGCCAGCCGUGGCUGACGGCCGUGGUCGACGAGGUGCUCGUCUACGAGCAGGCCGGCAAGGACCACUCGGCGCUGCCGGGGUACCGCACCAUACCGUUCGAGAUCCGCCCGGACGGGCGGCGGCGCGGCGACGGGCGCGUCGAGAACAUGCGGCUGGACCACUCGGUGCUGGUGGAGACGUGCAGGGCGCGCGGCGCGCCGUACUUUGCGUUCGUCGAGGACGACAUCGUCACGUCGCCGGACUGGUACCGCAAGUUCCUGGAGGGCGUCGCGCGGCUCGAGCUCCGGACCAAGCGCGCCCCCGACAGGGACUGGGUGUACCUGCGGCUGUUCUACUCGGAGAUCUUCAUGGGCUGGAACGCCGAGGAGUGGGCCACCUACGCCGAGGUCAUCUUCCUCGUCUACGCGGCCUUCAUCGUCGGCUUCCUGGUGCUGCGCGGGCGGCAGCGGCGCCGCCUCGCCGCCGCGCCGUCCGGCUACUCGCCGCUGAUGAGCAAGGAGGAGCCUGCGGCCGCCCGGUCGGCGCAAUCGCAGCGGCACCUGCAAAAGUUCAACCACCUGUCCGCCAUGGUCAUCGGGCUCUGGCUGCCGGCCGCCAUCGCGCUCGUCUUCCUCGGCGGGCGCAUCACCAUGAGGCGGCUGAGCCCCGUGCCGCGGCCGGGCAUCCGCGAGAUGCCGCGCUACGGCUGCUGCGCGCAGGGCCUGGUGAUCCCCAAGCGGCACCUGCCCACGUUUUACUCGCUGCUGCUCGAUCCCCCGUACGACUUCCCGGGUGACAUGAUGCUCGAGGGCCACGCGGACCAGAAAAACCUGGCCAAAUGGGCGCUGGAGCCCAGCGUCAUGCAGCAUGUAGGGCUGAAGCAGUCCUCGGAAGGCACUCGGCUCGCGGAGGUGUGGAACUUUAGCUUUGAGCGUCGAACGAUGGCGACAAAGAAUGGCUGA